GUGAUGGCUUCAAGGACGUCUCAACUUGGCCUGGUUCGGUUGGCGCAUUAUGGCUACAAACGCGAAUAACGCGCAGAUACCUUUGUGGUUAGGACGUCGCACGUGAACUAUGUGGGCACUAAGGUUCGUCCUAGGACUCUUAGCCGUCUGUCCUCUUGUUCUAGGACAAGCAAUCCCGGCCAUUCCACAAGCUCCGGCUACCCAAGGACAGGCAGACCAGUCCAGUCCUCAGGUUCCAACUGUUCAAGGAGCGUUACCUGCGGGACAACAACCGAGCUCAGGAAGUGGAACAGGACAAGGCUUGAAUCCUGGGACACCGGGAGCAAUCCAGCCGCCAUUUCCGGGAGCCGCUCAGCAGCAAGCAACAACGUCGUUUGUGCCGAGCGCCGUUCCCAUCACAGAUGCUGACAUCUGCGCCAACAGCAUGCCCGGCCAGAAUGGCGCACCUGUAGCAAGCUCCGGAGUUGGCAUUUUCAGUUUUUUUCUUCCAUCAUCAACGAGUGGGAGGAGCAACCCUUGCGUCGUCCAAUGCAGAGGCUACAGCGGAACCUGGUACGCUGCAAAACCCUGGGGAUCUCCCUGCGCCGUUGCUGGCGAACAGAGAUACUGCGCGGACACUGUAUGCGUUACGAGAAACGACACCUACAUGGACUACUGUAAGCAGAACCUCCAGACGACCGGCAGCAUGAUUGCUGUGACACCGUACAUGUGCAGUUUAGAGUGCAUGGAUCCGGCUGCAGGUAUUAUUCUCAAAGUUCGGAUGAAGGACGGCACACCAUGCAGAGCGAACACUGGACGUGGCUACAGUAAUGGCAUGUGCUACAGCGGUGGCUGCUCCAUCAUGACUCCGUCUUUGUCGUCCAACAUAUUCUCUGGGUUCGGCCUCUUUGGAUGAAUCCCACUCUUCGUACCCCAGCCUGGUGACGGAGAUUUGUGUUCGGAAGGAGGACACGUAAAGACUGCCACGUUACCUUUAAUUUCUUCGUGUGCGCGCUUGUGGCUAAGGGAUGGCUGUUGAGAGAGAGAAACAUGUUGGAUCCUUCUGUAGACCUCCCGUGCGCACACAGCCAUAUUCCCGCAACUUUGACAAUGGAUACAGGUAUACGUCAUUCAAUAAACUGUUUUGAUAUUGGC